GAGCGCCACGGUACCGCAUUGGCAUCGGUGAAGGCACCUGAACGCACCUUCCACCCACCCCGAGCGCAAAAAAAAAAGGAUAUCAUAAAGGGCCUUACUUACAAAGACACUUUUGGGGGCUUGGUGCGUAAAGCUUUUACGCACGGAGACUGGAGCCAAAAAGACAGCUAGGAGGCGUCGCGUCGAGCAUCAAGGAGGAGAGGACAGGAGAAGGAGAGGAAAGGAGAGGAGGGGGGCAGGAUGCAGAAGCGGAGCGACGACGUCUGAAGGUGAAAUGAACCUGAGGAGAAGCACACUGAGGAAGAAGUGGAGAUAGCAACUAAAAAAAUAAAUAAACCGUCGGUGUCUUAAUCAGAAGCUUUCCCCACCUCACCCACCCACUCUCUUGUCUUGUGGAUGCAACAAAGCGGACGCCGCCACCCAAAGUAGCCUCCUUUUUUUUAAUAUAUAUAUUGGAUAAGGAGAGGAGGAAAUAAGCGCAAAUAUGGCGACGUUAAUCCGGAGCAAACUGUCCAAUAAACUGUCCAACGCGGCAACGACCGUCACCAACAAAUCCCAGGCCAAAGUCAGCGGCAUGUUCGCCAGGAUGGGCUUCCAGGCAGCCACCGACGAGGAGGCGCUGGGCUUCGUCGCCUGCGACGACUUGGACUACGACCACCGGCAGGGCAUGCAGAUGGACAUCCUAGCCGCCGACAAGGCGGCAGCGGUGGAAGGAGAAGGAGGGGAAGGUGGGGACGGUACCCUCGAUGGGGACAGCCACUACCAGAGGGACGGCACCGGUCCGUCGCGCUCGUCCUCCAAGGACGGGGGUUCGAACGAACUGUCCGAGGCCAGACCCAAGAUCACGGCUUGGGAGGCGGGAUGGAACGUCACCAAUGCUAUCCAGGGGAUGUUCGUCUUGGGUCUGCCCUACGCCAUCUUGCACGGGGGCUACCUGGGCCUCUUCCUGAUCAUUUUCGCCGCGGUGGUGUGCUGUUACACGGGCAAGAUCCUGAUCUCGUGCCUGUACGAGGAGGACGAGGACGGUCGUCUGGUGCGCGUGCGCGACUCCUACGUGGACAUUGCCAACGCUUGCUGCGCGCCGCGCUUUCCGGCACUGGGCGGCCACGUGGUCAACGUGGCGCAGAUCAUCGAGCUGGUGAUGACGUGCAUCCUGUACGUGGUGGUGAGCGGCAACCUGAUGUACAACAGCUUCCCCAACAUGCCCAUCUCGCAGAAGUCGUGGGCCAUCAUCGCCACAGCGGCGCUGCUGCCGUGCGCCUUCCUCAAAAACCUGAAGGCCGUGUCCAAGUUCAGCCUGCUGUGCACGCUGGCGCAUUUCGUCAUCAACGUGCUGGUGAUCGCCUACUGCCUGUCGCGGGCGCGGGUGUGGGCGUGGGACAAGGUCAAGUUCUACAUUGACGUCAAGAAGUUCCCCAUCUCCAUCGGCAUCAUUGUGUUCAGCUACACGUCACAGAUCUUCCUACCAUCUCUGGAGGGCAACAUGCAGAAGCCUAGCGAGUUCCACUGCAUGAUGAACUGGACGCACAUCGCUGCCUGCAUCCUCAAGGGUCUCUUCGCCCUGGUGGCCUACCUGACGUGGGCCGACGCCACCAAGGAGGUGAUCACGGACAACCUGCCGCCAGGCAUCCGCGCCGUGGUCAACAUCUUCCUGGUGGCCAAGGCGCUUCUCUCUUACCCGCUGCCCUUCUUCGCCGCCGUGGAGGUGUUGGAGAAGAGCUUCUUCCAGGAGGGCGGCCGAGCCUUCUUCCCUGACUGCUACGGGGGCGACGGACGCCUCAAAUCGUGGGGCCUGAGCCUACGCUGCGGCCUGGUGGUCUUCACACUGCUCAUGGCCAUCUACGUGCCGCACUUCGCGCUGCUCAUGGGCCUGACAGGGAGCCUGACCGGCGCGGGGCUCUGCUUCCUGUUGCCCAGCCUCUUCCACCUCAAAUUGCUCUGGAGGAAGCUGCAGUGGCACCAGGUCUUCUUCGACGUGUCCAUCUUCGUCAUUGGUGGUAUAUGCAGCAUCUCCGGCUUCAUCCACUCCAUGGAAGGGCUUGUGGAGGCCUUCAAGUACAACAUAGAGGAGUAGACUCCGCACCCUUUGGCCCGCCUCUUUCUCCUCCUCUUGCUUCAGUUCAUGCGUAAAAGCGCACACUCGCACCCAUUCAGUCUUGCGCAUCACGCCGCUAUAUGCCCUCCUGUCACGAGGCCUUGCAUUAAUAUGGCAAAAUAUCAGACAACACAAUAGUCAGAUGCAAGUGUAUCUAAUAAAUUGGCUGUGUAAAUCCAAGAAGAAAAAAUAGUUUUCUCCGUACUAUGUUUGAUUGAUUCCAAUGUUCAUUUAUUUAAAGCAAGAUGCUCUGUCUGGGCCGCCGCCUUUUUCUCACUUCAGUUCAUGCGUCUUGCCUUAAAACAAAUGUCAAUCAAUAAGCAGUAGUACCUGAUAUACCGGCAGCGUUAUAAAACGCAAAUACUUCUUACCAUCAAUUUUGCUUGAGUGACGCUAUUAAAUACCAUUUUCUUUGAGGCAAGGUACAAUGAGAUGACUCAUCUGGGACUCUUCUUCUAAAAUAAAUUCAUGCGUAAAAGGCGCACGCUCCAAACCAUAAUGUUUUGCGCGCAACGCAGCUAUGGCCCUCUCGUAAUGCACGAGGCCUUGCGAAAAUAAAUCCAGUAUGCAUUCGUCUGAUGUGUGCCUAAUUGGCAUUGUACGUCUAUGAAAACGAACAAUAGUCUUCUUCCCCUCAAUCUGCUUGAUUGACACCCGUAUUAAAAUGCUAAUUUCUUUAAGGCCCGAUGCAAUAAGGGUUAUCAUCCACAGACAAAAAUGUCCAAACACGACGGCAAUAACCAGCAGUAGAAACAUAAAACAGCUCUGGAAAUCAAAUAGAAGACCACUGCAAAAAAAAAAAAAAUCAGUUUGUCCUAUUUUCCCCAUUUACAGCGAGUACAAAAAAUAUUUUCUUUUGUUUAAAGACUCCCAGAUUUCAAAGAUAAACGUCAUCAUUUGGAGCAUUUUUAAAAAUGGUCAGAAUAUCAGAUUUAUUUAUUUAUUUAUUUAUUUAUUUUCCAGAGUUGUAGCCUAUAAUAAAUAUACAUACGGUAGGAGAUUGGACCUAACAAGCAGCUAUUCAAACUAUGCAUUGAAUGUAUAUUUGGUGCGCGCGGGUGCACACACGCACACGCGCGCGCACACACACGCACGCUCGCACGCACAUACACACAAGAAAAACAACUUGGAAGGGGAUAUUUAAAUUAUAAUAAUAAUAAUAAAGUAGUUAAUUGGAUAAAUUAGCACAUUUUAUUUAUACCUUUGAUUGGCAGCUCCGAAAUCUAAAGCCUCUCCCGCUGCACAUACAACAAAAAAAAAUGCUGUUUGUCAUCACAUUCCAAACACGUGGCCUGUUAUCAUAUGAAAUGAUGAAUUCGGUGUAUGGCAAUCCUAACUUAACAAAAGAAAGAGAGAAAGAAAGCAAAAUGUGCAUACGGACAUUUUUCAUUCUGUGCAAUCAAAUGGGGUCCUGUGGAAAUGUUGUUUAAAAAAAAAAAGAGAAAAAAAUAACAAGCGUACGUGUAGUGUUUAUUAUUCUUAUUGUGGUUUCAAAACAGAUGGAAUGUAUAUCAAAGUCGUUAUCAUAUAUCGUGGAAAUUAAUAUUAAACAACAGAUUAAAAGAAGUGAAAUUAUUGUAAAGAAUAAUGUGUGGUCUCAUGUAACGCUAAAACGGUCAGAACAUGUAUUUUUUUUCUCAGUAAUAAACAGAAAAUGAUGUU